CAGACUUGCCAUGGUUGCAAGUAAACAGGUGCUUUUUAAUUUAAAGAAAAGUUAUAUUUCAUCUCCUUUGGAAGUUUAACAAGACCAUUCAGCACAAUGACUUAGAUUAGAAGACAAAAAUGUUCCAGGGGAAGUACAAGAUGUGAUGAAGUAAAGCAGGAUUUAAUGAGUUCUUGAAAAAAAUCAGACAACAAAUCAAAGAAGAUGGCUUCUGUCUACCCGGACCAGUCCUACGACUACGACACCGGUUAUUCCCAUAUAGAUUAUCAUGGUGGAGUCAGUUCCUCAGUCAGCUUUUCUGAACGCGAGUAUCAGAAAAACCAGAUGACCCUCAAGGAAGCUAGAUGGGUGGGAGUGCGCAAGAAAGUUCCGGGUAUGUCUGGUGUACCCAGCAAGUCGCAAAGCAAAGCGAAGCCAGGAAAGAGUCAGAGUAAAUCUCAGAGUAAAGGCCAGAGUUCAUUUCUUGAAGGGUAUAUAGAUGAAGAGGAUCCAUAUUUGAAGAAAAUCCAUGACAUGAAUGAAUUCAUCACGCAACACUUUCGACAGAAGGAGUGCCAAUACUUUGUGCCAAAAAAGGUUCAAAAGCCAGUCGCAAAACACAUCAGGGAUCUAAAAUGCCAAUGUGGGGAGGUUCUCAGUGACCACAAGGCUGUGAGAGAUUCGCCUACAGAUUAUGUUAACAUUGUUCCCCAAGAACUGCAGGCAUUGAUGGCCCCUAAUAGGAGGUUAGAACCACCGCCAGACAAACUCCCCCAGCCUGCUCGAGCCUGGGAUGCAACAAGAGAUCUUCAGGUGUCUGUCACAACAUCGUUUGGAAAGAUGAACUUUGAGAAUGUGGAACAUGUCGGAGGCAAAAAGCCUGCCAAGUAUGUGCGUAUCACUGAUGAAGCUGAUGUUGGUCAACUCCUGGACAUGAUGAAGAUCCACUGGCGAAUCAUGGAGCCACAAGUACCAAAUCUCGUCAUCUCGGUUGUUGGAGGAGCAAAGAAUUUCAAGCUGGAUGGCCGCAUGCGAGAUGUUUUCUCUACUGGUCUUAUCAAGGCAGCAAAGACUACCUCGGCAUGGCUAAUAACCUCCGGAUUCAACAUGGGCGUGAUGAAGUCUGUAGGUCAGGCUGUUAGGCAGGGGCAGUCGUUCUGCUGGGACGAUGAUCGUAUGGCCCACGUGCUGCGCUGUAUCGGCAUCGCCCCCUGGGGAUAUGUGAAAGAUAGAAAGGUUUUGGAAGGAAACAAUAAUGAGGGGAAGUACAAUGCCAACUAUCGAACCAGUAACGUUAUCCUUCACGACUCUGCUGUGCCUCUGAACCCCGACCACACCCACUUUAUCUUCGUUGACGACGGAUACAGGGUACAAUACGGAGGUGUGUCAGGAAUACGGGCUCAGCUGGAGCAGAAAAUAUCCCAACCAGAAUCAGAGGGAGGCUUAGGAAUUCCCCUCGUGCUGGUGGUGGUUGAAGGUGGUGUUGACAGUAUCAAGGAUGCAUGCAAGUCCCUAGAACAUAACAUCCCAGUGGUCGUGUGUGAUGGUACAGGACGUGCCGCAGAUAUUCUGGCAUACGCAUACAAGCACACCAAGUCUCACGGAGGAGAGAGGGUGUUUUCAGAAGAGCAUAAACCGAAGCUGCGCCGGAAGAUUCAAGAAGCCUACAGCAAAAACUGGAAACCGGAGGAAUACGUUAGCAAGUUGAAAACAAUCACAGAAACCGUCCAUCGCUGCUGUGUACGCGCAGACCUGCUUCAUAUAUUCAACAUGAACAAACAUGAAGACUUGGAUCUCGCUAUUCUCUCAGUGUUAUUGAAAGCCAAGCAAGGUACUGAUGAAGCACAGCGUCUAAGCCAGCUUAAACUAGCACUUGCCUGGGACCGCUCAGAUAUUGCACAGGAGGAAAUAUUUAGAGAAGACAUCUUAUGGAAUGCUGAGAGCCUUCAGGGUGUUUUGACCGAGGCUCUGACCACGCACAAGGUACAGUUUGUACAACUGAUCCUGCACCAGGGCAUUGUCAUGAAGGAAUACCUCACCUACGAAGUCCUCGAAAAACUGUAUGAAUCUGUGCCAAAACAUAACUAUCUGUACAAAAUACUCCACCGGUUGACGGGAAAGGACUCAUUGACUCUUGAAAAUGUCCGCCUGUUACUUCUCAAACUCCUGGACAAAUAUGACACCAUGGAAGAGCUUCUUGUUGACCAAGAAGAAGAAACUGAUGAAGGGAAAGUUGACCAGAAAAAACGUCACUUCAAACAUCCGUACAAGAUGCUGCUUGCCUGGGCUCUGCUUUUGAAGCAGGAGAGAAUGGCGAAGUUGUUUUGGGAGCUGGGUGAUGAGCCCGUAACGAGCGCCCUGGUGGCCACCAAGAUGUACCAGACCAUGUCUAAAUACCUACCAAAACACGAGUCACACCUACAAACUGUCUUCAAGGAUCUAAAAUCUGAUUUUGAGCUGCUGGCAACCAAUGUGUUAGACGAAUGCCACCACAAUGACCCAGGAAAGGCUAUGAUGAUAGCUGAACGCGAGUCACCCAGCUAUAACCAGAUGUCAUGUAUGCAGAUUGCCGCCGCUGCCUCAGAUCAGGCCUUCCUGUCCAGUCCAACAUGUUUCAGUUCAAUGAACGUGUAUUGGAAACAUGGGAUUCUUUUUACACUUACAAAGAUGAUAUUAUGCCUGAUAUUCCCACCCUAUGUGGCCUUUGGCCUGGAAAUUCUGGAAGCCGAAGGAGGAAAGAAAAUAAGCAAGCUAGAGAAAAUGUUCAUCUUCUACACAUCACCACUCUCAAAGUUUGCUCAUGGAAUGAUAUUAUACGGUGUGUUCCUGAUACUCCACUCGUACAUGGUGCUGGUGGACUUUCGGAAGAAUGAGGUCACGGCACUGGAGAUAGUGAUCGUCAUCUGGGUCUUCUCUUUCUUUGUGGAUGAAAUACACACUUUUAUCUCCUUCCCCUCGCCAACAAUCUGGUCAAAGAUUCGGGACUGGUAUGGUUUUCUCAAGUGGCUUGAUCUGUUCAACUUUGUGCUAGCAUUCAUUGGAUUUCUACUCCACACGCAAAGUGAUCAGUAUAAAGUGGUGAAGAUUUUAUAUUGUAUAAACUCCAUCAUCUUCUACUUGAGGAUAAUGAAGAUCUACAUCGCCAAUGGACAGCUCGGACCAAAGAUGUUCAUGAUACGCAGAAUGCUGGACGAGCUGCGUAUGUUUAUCAUGGUGAUGAUUGUGUUCCUGCUUGCUUACGGUGUUGCCAGUCAAGGGCUGCUGUAUCACGUUCGGUCUCCAUCCUGGACAAUUCUCAAGGACGUCUUGUAUUUUCCCUACUGGCAGCUAUAUGGAGAAAUAUAUCUGGACGAAAUUGACACUGAGGGAUCAUGCAUGGCUGGUUCAGCUAACUGUCGGACUUCCCACUGGCUAGUCUACAUUCUCCUGGGUGGAUAUCUGCUGGUGGGAAACAUUCUCCUUCUCAACCUACUUAUUGCUAUAUUCAGUCAUGUGUUUGAAGCAGUGGACAAGAACUCACAGGAGAUCUGGAAAUACCAGAUGUACUUUAUGGUCAUGGAAUACGAGAAGAAGACAGCGCUAGUACCACCCUUGUCCUUGAUUCACCACGCCUUUCUGGCAGUACGCUGGAUCAUCAAGUGUAAAGGCUGUAAACACAAGAAAACAGAAAGUAACGUUUGGGGCCAGCGACAACUAGAGUACCUUCAGUUGUUUGAGAAGGAGAUGAUGAUGAACCAUCUCCGGCACAAGAAGGCUCAUGAGCUCUCCAGCAUUGACACAACCAUCAACAAGCUGCAGAAGCGGGUUGAUGAACUGACAAAACUGGUCGAAGAGGAAGUAGUGGCUGAUACAACAGGCAAUCAACCUUGGAAAGAGUUCCUGCAACAAUUCCAGUACAUCCAGGAGGAGGGGCCAGACAUGAACAAGGAAACAGCUGGAGAUUUGGAGCCAUUGGCUGAAGCAGAAGAAGAAACAACUAACAAAAAACAUAAGAAGAAGAAGAAGAAACACAAAAAGAGGGAGCAAAGUGAAGAGCGUGACAAGGGAGAUAAUUUAAGUGAAAAAGAGGACAAACUUAAGAACAAUCUCAAUAUUACUGAACCAGAUAAGCCUGAGCCGAGAGAGAAAUUAGUCACACAACAGAGAAGUGAGCGAGGACUUUUACCGGCUUUCGUGCCGGAUGAAGAUUCCGAGACAGACAAUGUGUCGCCAAAGUACCAACGCAAGAAAGAGCAAAGGUCUGAAGUUAUGUCGCCUCGAUUUCAGAAUAUGAGGAAGGGAGACAGAGAGGAAUUGUCACGGAUGUAUCAGCAGUUGCAGGGUUCAGAUUCCUCAAGCGACGAAGUGUCACAACGGAGGAGGGAGAAACUGCGAAAAAAGAAGAAAAAGGCCAAGAAAUCAAUGUUUACAAUUCGAACUGAGAGUGAUUAGGGAAAUGUUACAGAGUUUUAUAUUAGUUUGUAUGGUUCAUGGCCGUUGAACUAAAUCUUCAGCAAAUAAUUGAUGUACUUUCUAAGGUUGUAUAAAGAAGCUGACUUAUGAUCCAAUCAUGUACAUGUAGAUAGAAUUUUGCAUUUGAACUUAUUCUGUUUUAUCAUGUUUAAAUGGUCUCUCUGCCACCACAUAAAGAUUACAGUAUGUUUAAAUGGCUUGAACUUUGGCUUUUAUAAUUCCAGUUUUAAAGUGCAUUUGAAUUGUAAGCAGUCAUGCUGCACACACGGAGGGGUUGUUGAUGCACAUAAUGCAGAACUGAUGCUUACUUUUGUAACUUCAGUUUUCAGCUCCUCUGUUUUUGGAAGAAAAAAAGUAUUGGGAAAGACUUGAUGUUGGUGGUGGCGGCAUUUAAAAUGACAAAGUAUUCAAAUAUAACUUGCACAAAGUCAAUUGUAUACCAAGGCUCAGGAAUAAGGGUCUCAGAGUCACUCUUUUAAUGUUAACUUGAACAGCCAGAAAUAUGACAUUUAUAAAAUCAGGGCCUGUAUUCAUAAAACAUCGUACCCUGGUAAGUCAUUUCCUUUCUUAAGUCAUUUCCUUUCUUAAAGUCAUUUCCUAAGUUAAGUAUCUCACUGAUCAUAUGAUAUUUUAAUUUAAAAAUAUCUGAAAUACCUUAUCAACAUUGAUUUUAUUGAGUAUAGAUACUUCUUUUUCAAAAACACUUAUACUUUCCUUUUUAUUUGGCUAUGAAAAAAUUAAGAAAUCAACUUAAGUUAAGAAAUGACUUACAAUGCUUUAUGAUUACUCGCCCAGGGGUGGUAUUCGUAAAACGUCUUAAGUCAUUUUCUUAACUUUAGUAUCUUACUUACCAUAUGAUAUACUCGCUUUAUAAUAUCUUAAAUACUUUAUUUUCAUUGAUUUUAUAAAAAACACAUUCAUACCUUUCUUCUUAUUUGACUACGAAAAUGUUAGGAAACCGACUUAAGUUAAGAAAUGACUUAAGAAGUUUUAGGGAUACCAAGCCCGUCCUUAAGUUUAAUACUCCAAUAACACUGUUGUGGAACAUGGUAAUCCUACUAGCUUCAUCAAAGACUUGCAUACAUACAUUUGAUGGCACUGUGCGCAUGUGUUGUCAACUCAUUCAUUCAUGUUUCUAAAAACUAAUAUGUGAUAUACACGUUAAAAGUUUUAUGUGAGAGAAGCGUGUCUGUGAUGUUCAAAAAGUACUCUUUUUGUAAAGAAAAAUGAUAUAUACAUUCCAGAUGACAGUAUGAUUUUUCCCUAUUUUAUAAUUUAAUAAUAAAUAAAAUUAAUCAUUCAUAAAAUAUAAACCAUGUUUUUGUAAUUGUGUUAGAUAGUUCUCAUAUCUGAUAUAAGUUUAUGAUGUUGUUCUAUUGCAUUAUGUUACUUGAAUUUUAACUUCAUUUUCUUCUGUGAAAUUUUACAUAAUUAUCUACAAGUUAAUUAUAUGAUAUU